AUGGGUAUUCAAGGCCUCUUGCCCAUCAUAAAACCAGUCUGCUUCCGCAGACACAUAUCCGACUUUGCUCAGAAGCGGGUCGGCGUAGAUGGCUACAGCUGGUUGCACAAGAGUCUCGCUGGCUGUUGUAUAGCGUUGGACCGGAGUAAUGGCACGACAGCUCCACGCGUAGAGCGUACAGAACGUUUUGUUGAAAAUUUUCUGGGUCGCGUGCGUAUGCUGCAACACUACGGCGUCUCGCCUUUGAUUGUUUUCGACGGGGGAAGAAUACCUGCUAAAAGUGAGACGGAAAAACGUCGAGCAACGCUCAGAGCAAAGAAUCUGGAGCUUGCUACGCAAGCGCUGGCUCGUGGUGAAAUAGAACUCGCUCAGAGCUUUUUGCAACGCUCUAUCGACGUGACCCCUGAAAUGGCUUACGAAGUUAUUAAAGCUCUUCGGAAAGAAAAUUUUGAUUUUCUCGUCGCGCCGUAUGAAGCAGACGCUCAGCUGGCGAUGCUUUCUAGAGAAAAUCUCAUCGACCUCGUUAUCACUGAAGACUCAGAUUUAAUCGUCUAUGGCGCAAGGAGUAUUCUGUUCAAGCUAGAUCGCUAUGGCUACGGUGACCAUGUCGAGCAGAGAAGCCUCGGAGCAGUCACAAAUCCGAGUUUACUGACGUUCAAUCCCGAUAUGCUUCUCUAUAUGUGUGUCCUCGCAGGAUGUGAUUUCUUCGCUGGAAUUCCCAGGACAGGAAUCCGCAGGGCCCAUGCCCUUGUCCAAAAGUAUCGCAAACUAGACAACAUUUUGCUCGCUGUGCGAAGCAAGAGACUGUCCGAGGAUUAUGAAGCGUUCGAGCGAGGCUUUCGAAAAGCAAUCACUGCUUUCCGUUACCAUCGCGUAUUCGACCCCAGAACUCGUCAGGUAGUGCAUCUGAAUUCGCUACCAUCAGCGAUGCAAAGCGAUGAACUAGACGGUAUUCUUGGGCCGGCUAUAGAGGCUGGAAUUGCAACCAGGAUCGCCGCAGCCGACCUAUGCCCCAUCCAGAAAAUGCCAUUCGACAAAGGUGUCCCAGUUGAGGACGUUCAAAAUUCGAUUAUCGAGCAUCUGCCUACCAGCAGACGGGCGCUUUCGCGUGCAGGCGGGCGCGUAUUCUGGGAGCAAGUUCAAGUUGAACUGAUGCAAGCCUCGGCCCGAAACCGGCCGCACCAAUCGCCGACUCAGGUGCCGCUGCCAAAGAAAAGAGCCGCGAUUGGGGUAGGCUCACGACCAGUCUCGAUUGCGGUCUCCGCCGAAGAGCGCACGACCUCGAUUCCUGAGCUAGACGUGCAGCCGGGUCCAAGCACAGCAUUUCAUGAAUUAAGCGUGGGUGAAGUCGUGACUUUUACCCAGAGUCAGGUUAGUGAACGCUCAGUUCAUAGAGGACAAGGCCCCGCGCUCUCUGAAGACCAGCCGCUCUGCUCUCUAUGUUCUUCCCUGAACUCUCAACCAGCAACUGCUACACACAUAUUGAAAGAGCCUGGCACUUCUCCUUCCAACGAAUCACGCAUCCGUUUCCCUCAAGAAACUUCGGGAAGCUCGCCUCUCGUGGAGUGUACCCCUGAAGCUUCGUGUGCCAGCGCAUACAGUCCUUCCGUGGCAUCCACGACGUCUCCGUGGCGGACAAACUCACCCGUUGUAUGGCACGAAACCCAUGACUAG